CAGACCCUGCCCGUCCUGCUCCUGUCGCUCGUCGGCGCCGUCUUGACUGGCGAGCUGCUCCAGAAACUACAAACGUGGCGCGUCUUCAUCCGCAUCGAGGAGCUCUUCAUCCUCGUCCCGAUCCUCCUCAACCUCAAGGGCAACCUCGAGAUGAACCUCGCCGCGCGCUUCUCGACCUCGGCCAACAUUGGCGAGCUCGACCUGCGCCUCACGCGGCGGUCCCUCAUCCUGGGCAACCUCGCGCUCCUUCAAGUGCAGGCCCUCAUCGUCUCGCUCCUGUCGGGCCUCCUAGCCUUCGUCCUCGGCCUCGCCUCGCGCAAGGGCGUACACCACGCGCUCCAGAACCCGAUCCACGACCCGGCGUCGGCCGUCAACGCGGCGGCGGGCGGGCUCGACGCGACGGCCGCGCUCCGGGGCGGCUACUUCGAGGCGCUCCUCGUCCUGUGCGUCAGCAUGCUCGCGGCGGGCAUCAGCAGCGGCGUCCUCGGCAGCUUCAUGUGCUCGCUCGUCGUCCUCUGCCGGCGGAUCCACGUCAACCCAGACAACAUCGCGACGCCGGUCGCGUCUGCUCUCGGCGACAUGGUGACGCUCGUCAUCCUCGGCGGGCUCUCGAGCCUCUUCAUCCUCUUCAUGGGCACAAUCGUCUCGACGCUCGUCUUCAUCGUCCUUCUCGGCGUCAUCGCCGUCAACGUCGUCCUCACGUUCCGCAACGCCUACGUCCACGAGCUGCUCACGAUCGGGUGGGGACCACUCUUUGCGGCCAUGGCCAUCUCGAGUGGCUCUGGCGUCGUCCUCGAGACGUACGUCAACCAGCUCCCCGCCUUCGCCCUCGUGUCGCCCGUCGUGACGGCCCUGUCGGGCGCAGCCGGGUCCAUCUCGGUGUCGCGCAUCUCGACCGCUCUGCACUCGGGCCGCAAGGAGCCGUACCUCGUCGUCGCCGCGACCCUGUUUGCGCUCGCGUGCCCGAUCCUCGGCCUCUUCCUCGUCUUCCUGUGGUUGACGGGCCAGGCCGAGGUGACGACGCUCUUUGCGGGAGGGUUUAUGGUCGUCGUCGCGAUCCAGGUGCGCCCGUGA